AUGGGAAACACCAGGGAUGUGGGGAAAGAUGGAGUGGUGAGAAUGCAGGGAUGGUGGGGACAGCAGGAACGGGGCAGUGACUCUUUCUUUGCACAAGUAACAGCAUCAGAAAUCAACAGUGACUUCCAGAAUCUCCUAAGCAUGGAUGGCAAGAAUGGAACCUCUCAGCAAAUGAACAGAAGUAGUCAGUCAGCUUCAACAGCAAACAAACAGAAUGAUAUCCCAGAUGCACAAAUAACCAAGGUGGUCAAAAUCCACCUUGUGGGUGGAGAAGAAGAAAAUAUAAUGGAUAGAAUAAAAAUAGCAGAGAAAAAGAAGGAAAAACCAAGUGAUGCUGAAGACAGUGCCAGCUGUAAGCGGAAAUCAGAAAACAAUAUAAAACUAGCUGUAAAAAAAACCAAAUUAAAGUUAAAUAUUGGGAACCAGUCCCUCCCAACACCUCUCUCUCAUAUUUCUCUGAAAACCAUAAUGGACAUAGAAAUGAAGUUUGUCUACACUGAUGAAGAAGACAUUCCCUUCGAGUUUGCUGAUCCUGUGGAGCCCACAAGCACACAGGCAGGAAGCUCUGGUUGGGAAGAAGGAAAUGCUCUGAGCACAGCUGAUGACUUUGCUUUGCCUCAGGUGGACAGAGAGCUUCAGAGGACCCUCCAGGCAGCCAGCACUUACUACAGGCAGAACAACCACGCAGCAGCGGUGGAGCAGCUCUCAGCAGCACAGGAGCUUUGCAGUAAAGGAGUUGCUAUAGAACACCCCUUUAAGACAUAUCCAGAAGAUAUUUCCAGUAUUGCCAGUUUUAUUGAGACAAAGCUUGUAAUCUGCUACUUAAAACUGAAGAAGCCUGACGAGGCUCUGAAUCAUUCACACAGGAGCAUCAUUCUGAACCCAGCUUAUUUCCGGAAUCACCUGCGCCAAGCUGCUGCCUUCCGAAGCUUAGAGAGAUUCUCUGAAGCUGCAAGGAGCGCCAUGAUUGCUGACCAUAUAUACUGGCUGACAGGAGGCACUGAGCAGCAUACAAGCAAGCUCAUCAAACAGUAUUGGCAGGCGAUGCAUGAAGAAGCCAUGGUUAGAGAAGUGUCUUUUUCAGUGAUGUACACACCAAUUGUGACAAAAGACAAGGCUGACAAAACUCAAUUGCUAAAGGACAUGUUUGCUAAAAGGCAUCCUGGUUAUGUGGAGCACAUAUAUACAGAACCUCAUGGAUUUCAUAUCCUGCCCCAGACGACUGAGGCACCUCCCCUGCCUUCCAAGCAGUACUCCCUGACUCUGGGUUUCAGAAACAAAUACAUUGGAAAAAUCUUGGAAAGGUGGUCAAAUAAAAAACUGCCCAUCUUUUCAGAACGGAAGGCACCUUUCUGUCCUCCCACAGAAGAAGAAACAAAAGCAUACUGGGAGAACACUGGGGGAAAGAUCAUGCCAAUCAUGGAUUUUGUAAGAAGCACCAAAUUAACUGAUGCUCACUGUGCCUGCUCCCGUGGGAUGGAGAAGCUGCAUCACGCCGACCUCCUCGGCCGCAUGCAGAGGGUUGAGGAACAAUCCCAAGUGAUUAAUCAAGCACUGGCUGAGCUAGCAACCCUUCCCUACCUGCAGGACAUCGGGAAGAAGGAUGCCAGACUGCUGCAAUCGCUAAUGGCAGAUGCCGUGGACACCCUUGAAGGAAGAAGAGAUAAAGGACGUGUGUGGAAUGAAAUUCAGAAGAUUGGACUAAUUGAAGACUACCUAUACGAAGCAGAAGACAAUUACUUAAAGAACAAAAGGCUGAGAAGAGAUAAGAUGGGGAAAAUGAAUAUGAACAAGACUUGCGGAGUAACAUUAGCACUUUUGAAUGUGAAAGCUCUCCCUCAACAGCCCUAA